AUGUUCCAGGCAAAUGGGACAUCUAUAACAGUUUUUAUCUUUCUGGGAUUUUCCCAUUACCCCAAAGUUGAGGUCAUCAUAUUUAUACUGUGUCUGCUGAUGUACCUAUUCACCUUGCUGGGCAACAUAAUUCUCAUCUCCAUCACCAUCCUGGAUUCUUACCUGCACACCCCCAUGUAUUUCUUUCUCAGCAAUCUCUCCUUUCUAGACAUCUGGUACACCUCUUUUGCUCUCACUCCAAUGCUAGCAAACUUUCUUUCAGGGAGAAGCACCAUCUCAUUCACAGGAUGUGCUUCUCAGAUGUACUUCUCUCUUGCCUUGGGCUCCACUGAGGGUGUGCUCCUCUCCAUGAUGGCCUAUGACCGCUAUGUGGCCAUCUGCUACCCCUUGAGAUACCCUAUCAUCAUGAACAGGAGUGUCUGUGUGCAGAUUGCUGUUGGCUCCUGGGUUACAGGCUGCCUUACUGCCCUGGUGGAGACAGUGGCUGUACUGCAGUUGUCUUUCUGUGGAAACAGCAUCAUCAAUCAUUUCACAUGUGAAAUUCUGGCAAUCUUGAACCUGGCUUGUGUAGACACUUCCAUGGUGCAGCUAAUCAUGCUAGUGAUCAGUGUACUUCUUCUGCCCAUGCCAAUGCUACUCAUUUGUAUCUCCUAUACCUUUAUUCUCUUCAGUAUCCAGAAAUCGCAUUCAGUAGAUGGUCAAAGCAAAGCCUUUUCAACAUGUGCAGCCCACCUGAGUGUGGUGGUUCUAUUCUAUGGGACAGCUCUCUCCAUGUACCUGAAGCCCUUAGAAGUGAAUUCACAGGAAAUAGACAAAUUUAUGGCUUUGGUAUACUCUGGAUUAACACCCAUGUUGAAUCCUAUUAUCUAUAGUUUACGGAACAAAAAGGUAAAACUAGCUGUAAAAAAAUUUCUGUUUAAGAAAUCCUUUUGGUAA